GGAGAAGUUGCAUUCAGUCCACAAACGCCGUGCUCUGCUCGAAGAUGAUUCGGGAUAUUCUGAUACUCACCCUGGCGGGUUUCUGCCUCUCUGCGGCCACCCUGGUGAACGCAGAGAUUGCCAACAAGGAGUUCCUCGUGAAGCAAGAAAAAGUUUACAACUUAUUCUGGAAUCCCGGACAUCCGGAAUUGCAGCCUGAGAUGUACGAGAUGGGAAGAACUUACAAAUACGAGACUCACAUGGACUUCUACACGCUCAAGGAUGCCUUUUACGAGUUUCUGAGCCUGUACAAGGAGCACAGAAUGUUGCCUCGCGGAAAGGUCUUCUCCAUGUUCAAUUCCGAGCAACUGCACGAGGCUAUAGUCCUCUUCAAGAUCUUUUACUACGCCAAGGACUUCGACACCUUCUACCUAACGGCCGCUUUUGCUAAACGCUUCGUGAACGAGGGGGUGUACGUAUACGCCCUUGGCCUUGCUGUGGUGCACCGUCCUGACACCAAGUACAUCCGCAUUCCCUACUCACACGAAUUGUACCCCUUCGUCUACUUCAACAAUGAUGUUAUGCAAAGUGUCAACGAGGCGAAACUCUACCAAGCCCAUGGCCACCACGUGCAAUCAACCGAUGGUGCGAUCAUCAUCCCCGCAAACUACUCCACUCUAUACUCGAGAUUGGUAUCGCAAGAUGACUACAAAUUGAUGUACUACACCGAGGAUGUAUUUUUAAACGAAUUGGAAUACUUCAGUCACCUUGCUUAUCCAUUCUGGAUGCCUUCUGACAAGUUCGAUCUCCAGUCGGAGAGACGUGGUGAAACAUAUCUUUACACGUGGAGGAUGAAAUUCGCCCGAUACCAACUCGAACGUAUCUCCAACGAUUUGUACGAGAUCCCACAAUUUGACUGGAACUACCCCAUCCCCCGAGGUUACUACCCCAACCUCAACUACCACAGUGGAAUACCGCUUCCUCGUCGUCCAGCAGACGCGAUUAUUCCAAAUUACAAGUUCAACGCGAUCAGGGAACUCCGUGAUCUUGAAUACAAGAUCCAAGCAGCAAUCGACUCAGGAUACGUCUUCCACAAAAAUGGCACAUACGAAACAAUUCGCACUCCAUACGGUAUCGACAUUUUCGGAAACCUCUUAGCAGGAAACGCCGACUCUCCAAACUACGAUUUCUACGGCAACUACGAGGCUCUUGCCAGGGACGUUCUUGGAUUCAGCCCAGUAACUGGAAGUAAAUACGACUUUGUCCCGAGCAUUAUGCAGCACUAUGGUGCCGAUCAGAGGGACCCCAUGUACUGGAGUUUAGCCAACAGGAUAGCGCAAUACUACAAGGAGUUCGCCUCAUACUUGCCAAAGUACUCUUUCAAGGAAUUGGAAUACCCCGAUGUGAAGAUAGAAUCCGUGGAAAUACCCGACGUACACACGUACUUUGAUACCUUCGACUACACGAUUUCAUCUACUGUGAAAGUCGGAACAAAGGAUGAUAUGGCCUACAUCAAGGCACGCCAAUAUCGUUUGAACCACAAGCCUGCCACCUAUAAAGUAGUUGUUAACAGCGCAAAACCCACGACUGUUAUGGUUCGCGCUUUCCUUGGACCCAAGUUCGAUGGAGGGAUGAGUUUAGCGGAUCACUACGACCUAUUCGUACCAAUCGAUCAAUUCGUGUUUGAAUUGAAGGCUGGAGUCAACAAUGUCGUGCGCUCCAGCACCGAAUUCACCGGCGGGGAACCUGACGCAGUCAACAGCAAUGUGUACUACAACGAGAUCGAGAAGGCGAUUUCUGGCGGUGCUGCAUACGAGGUGCCCCGUCGCCUCAUCAGUUUCCCGAGACACAUCAUCUUCCCCAAGGGAAAAACGCAAGGGGCAACCUACCAGAUGUUCUUCUUCUUAACCCCGUACAACGCGGCAAACACGUUCGAAAUUAAAUCCGGAGUAUUCGGUGAAUACCGAUUCCCCAAAGUGCCUUUUGGAUACCCCUUCGACAGACCGGUGCAAUUCCCCAUCGGAAAACUGCCGAAUGCGUACUCCAAGGAAUUCUCCAUCUACCACAAGGAUACCUUUCACCACACCCAUUGAUUCGUUUAUCUAGACCCCAUUCCUCGCACAGCGCCAACCAGUGCUGGUGUUAUUCUUUCAUUAAAAGCAAAUCAUGUUAGAUGACUGCGGGGAAUGAUGUCCCAGCGAUUUUGGCAGUCAACUCAGUCAAUGUUAUACCCCCAAUGUUACAAUCGUAGUAGGCAAAAUGUAUAAACCGGUUAUAUUACACGGUGUUAGAUUUAGUUUUACAUUAUUAUUAAAAUUAUAAUCAAUUGCAAAAUAUUAAAA